CUCAUUUUCCCGGCGGUCUUUUGGGUUCUCAUUUCCGGUCCUGCGCACAAACGCCCUGCUUGUCCGGUGAGCGUCAGUGUCAUGACAACAGGACGAUGGCUGCGAGCAAGGGGGUGAGAAAUGUGAUUUUUGUGUGAGCGAGGAGGGACAACUAAACAGCUUUUACGGACCGGCUUCUGUACGUGAAGGGGCAGCAUGUCUCUGUUCAAGGCCCGCGAUUGGUGGUCGGCAGCGCUUGGUGAGGGGGAGGAGUUCGACCAGGGAUGCCUCUGUGUCGGCGACGUGGACAACAGUGGCACUGGACACGACAAGGUGGUGGUGGGCAGCUACAUGGGGAUGCUGCGGAUAUUCUCCCCAAACGUCAACAAGACCAGCGAGGGAGGUCCGGCUGACGCCCUGCUGCUGGAGGUCCAGCUAAAAAACGCCAUCAUCCAGAUGGAAGUGGGCAAGUUUGUCUCGUGUUCAGAUCUGCUUCAUCUGGCUGUCCUUCACCCCAGGAAGUGUUCAGUCUACUCUGUUUCAGGCACUGCAGGGAACGUGGAGCAUGGAGACCAGUACCAGCUGAAGAUGGUUUACGAACACAAUCUGAAGAGAACCGUCUGCAACAUGACCUACGGCUCCUUUGGAGGGGUCACAGGUCACCACUCGCUGUGUAUCCAGUCCAUGGAUGGGAUGCUGAUGUUCCUGGAGCAGGACAGCUACACCUUCGGCAGGUUCCUCCCCGGCUUCCUGCUGCCCGGCCCGCUGGCCUACAACCAGAGAACAGACAGCUUCCUCACCGUCUCCUCCGCACGGCAGCUGGAGAGCUACAAGUAUGAGACUCUGGCUGUGGCGGCAGAGGCGGAGAGUCGACAGGAUGCGGAUCUGCCACUCAAGACGGGAGGCAAGAGGCUGACGCCUGACUGGACGUUUGUCCUCGGAGAACAGGCCCUGGAUCUGUGUGUGCCCUCCUUCUCCACCUCCUCCUCCUCCAUCUUCAUCCUGGGUGAGAGGAACCUCUACUGUCUGCGGGACAACGGCCAGAUCCACUUCAUGAAGAAACUGGAGUUCAACCCCAGCUGCUUCCUGCCCUACAGCUCAGUGGUGGAUGGCACAACCAACCUGUUGCUAGGCAAUCACACCAACAUGCUGCAGGUUUACCAGGAUGUGACUCUGAAGUGGGCCGCACAGCUCUCCUUUGUGCCCGUGGCCAUUCGCGUUGCCAACUUCCCGGAGUUAAAGGGAGUGGUGGUGAGCCUGAGCUCUGACGGACACCUCCUCUGCUCCUACAUGGGUACGGACCCGUCCUUCUUCUCCACCCCCAAGGUGGAUGCCAGGGAGGCGGACUACGAGCAGGUGGAUGCUGAGAUGAAGAAGCUGCAGAGGUUCAUCAGAGAGGCCACCAGGACUCAGGACAUCCUGACUAAAAGCGACGCUGAGGAGGAUCUGAUCGUCACAGCGACCGUGUCCUCCAGCAUGGACAGCCCGUCGCAAGCUCUGAUCCAAGAUAUGGACGAUCUGCCCGUCCCUUCAGUUACCGUACAGGUGAAGGUGAAGGCCCGUUGUGUCGUUCAGUCCUCCAAACUGACCGUCUCCAUUCAGCCUCCUCUGGCCGCCACUCAGGAUCAGUUUGUCCUGGAGCCCAUGGGUGUUGGCAAGUCCAAAGUUGUGGCAUUCUCGGCUUACCUCAACGGCCGCUACCCCGCCGCCGACCUGAGCGGAUACGUCACCGUGUCCUACAGUUCGCCGACAGAGCUUAAUCCAAAAGGAGUUCCCAGGGUUCUUCAGUCCAAGUUCAGUCUUCCUCUGGCGCUGGUGUGUGUUCCUUCCUCUCCGGCCAAAACCACCAAGUUUAAGAUCACCGUGGACACCAACCAGCCUCCAGUGGAUCUCAACGCCCUCUUCCCAGAGUUUUCAACAAAAUCUGAAGAUAAGGACGGGAACAGUUUGGCUUUCCAGUUCCUGUCAGGAGCCAAGGUGACACUGGUGGCUUCAAAGACCUCCCAGCGUUACCGUAUUCAGAGCGACCGUUUCGAGGACACGUGGUUGGUUGUGAAGGAGUUGGUACAGAGAUUCGAUCAGCACUUCUCCAUACUGGGAGUGAAGGACUUCAAGAAGAGCUUCAGUGGACCGCUCCCCCUGCAGGAGUACUUCCUGUCUGUAGACCACCACUUCCAGCUGCGUGUCAGUGCUCAGCAGUACCAGGAUCUGCUGUCCGAGCGGGCCGUUCAGUUCAGAGCCAUCCAGCGCCGCCUGCUGACCCGAUUCAAAGACAAAACCCCGGCGCCCCUGCAGAACCUGGACACACUGCUGGACUCCACUUACAGCCAGGUGAUGGCGCUGGCGGAGGCUGCGGAGGAGACCCGGGUGCAGCUGGAGGAGGCAUUGGUGCGUCUGCGGAGCUCCACCCACCUGCUGGUGCUACUGCUGUCCCUGUGGCAGGGCCUGACCCCCGACCAGACCAACAUCCUGGAGGCCGCGCUGCUGCCGCUGCUGCAGGACACCCCGCAGCUGGGUUGGGAGGAGAGCUGCGAUGCCGCCGUCUCCCACCUCCUGCGCAGCUGCCUCUCCAGGAGCCCCAAGGACCAGGCCACCUCUCUGGCCCAGCAGGGGGGCCCCGUCCUGGGCCUGCCCCGAGACACGGCCCGCCUCAAGAAGCACAUCACCCUGAUGUGUGAUCGCAUCGCAAAGGGAGGCCGCCUCACCCUCGCCUCCGAGGCCAACGCUCCCGUACCCAUCCAGGUCCAGAACCUCGCUGCUCCAGGAGGUGUUGAGCCCAUCGCGGAGGUGACUGGAGACGGAGAGGAGCCGGAACUUCAACAGGAAGCGACCAAGUUCAUCAAGAAGAAACAGCCGUCUAAGAAAGUCAAGAAAGAUAAAGACUCUAAAGAGAAGAAGGAGGUGUCCAGGGAGUCGUCAGAGGCCACCCUGAAAGAAGAAGUUGGAGGUGCAGAGGAACCCAUCAAGGAGGUGAAAAAAGAAAAGAAGGAGUCAUCCAAGGAGAAGAAGGAGCCGAAGAAGGAUUCGAGCAAAGAGCCCAAGGACGAGGCGAAGAAGGAGACAAAGAAAGAAACGUCCUCCUCCAAGGAGAAGAAGGAGUCGUCGUCGUCGUCAUCGAAGGAGAAGAAGGAGAAGGACAAAGACAAGGAAGGGAAGGAGGCCAGCAAGGAGUCAGGGGAUAAGAAGGUGCCCAGGAAGUCGGCGGUUAAAGUGAAGGAGAAGAAAAAGGAGACCGAGGCUGGAGAUGUUUGACAGGAGCAAUAAGAUCACAUGAUAUGUAUACAGUACUACACACACACACCAGAGCCUCACACACACACCAGGGCCUCACACACUCACCAGGGCCUCACACUCACACCAGGGCCUCACACACUCACACCAGGGCCUCACACACUCACACCAGGGCCUCACACACUCACACCAGGGCCUCACACACUCACCAGGGAAUGAAUCUUAAAACCUGGUACAUUUUAGCAUUUCAGAUUCCCUCUUCUGGAGGUCAGUGGUGUUUUGAAAGUGUUUUUGUUUCGAAGUCUGAGGUCUGAUAAGGUCUGUGGUCAACUCAAGUCGAAGACAGUAUCAUGUUUGUUGUAUGUCCUAAAAAAACCCAAGUGUCUAAAUUGUCACGCUAACCAAUAGCCGCCUUUAGCUUAGCAGAACUCUGUUCAGCUUGAGUAAACCACAGACCAUAUUUCAGACUUCUGACCCAAAAUAUGUUCAAAAAAUGAUGGAUUUUUAAGCGAAGGAAUGAAACGUACUCCUUCAAACCACUUCCAGGGUUUUAGGACUUAUUCCUGCACCACUCAGUACCGAUCCUCACACACACACUCUCUCUCUUCCCCAUGCACCACAUCCCCUAGUCUCGGUGUGUGCUCGCUGUGGGGGAGGAUGAAGUCCAAAUCCUCCUCCUCUCCUCAGACAUUUUGCUGACUCUCUCCUUCCUCCUCCUCUUCUUCUUCGUCUAGCCCCAACCCACAGUUCUUUGCCUCCCUAAUCCCAGUCGAGCCCCAAACCACCCCUCCUGCCCACGCUGUCCCCUGGAUGUGACGUCCGACCCGCCCUCCCGCCCCCUCGGUGGCAACGGGCCUCGCUCAGCCUCCCCCGCCUCGCCGCUAAGAAUAAAUGUCUGCCGCGUCCAGCAGCCUUCCGGUAACUCAAGGCCACAUCCUACAGCCACCACCACCACCAGCACCACCACCACCCCUUCUGACCUCUGUAGUUUUUCACUGGGACACUCAAGGACACGCGGCUGUUGAUGGAGCUGCGGGAUCGAACCGGUAUCUGCACCGUGGAAACCAGCAGCUUAAACACCUGAGGAUUGUGUUGCUCCACUUCUAGAUCUCCAUGAAGGGCAGGCUGGAUAAUAAAUACACUCCGAACGGUUCUGGUUUCUUUGCUCCAUUUGAUCCGGGUGGAUAUGGUCCGUGGCACCAGAUCUGUCCUUUAAAUUAAAGGCUUUGUUUUCUCGUGUAGGAAUCCAGCCAUGCCGAUAGAUAGCUGUUGUUUGGAUAUCAAUUAUCAAGAGGUUGGCAUCAAAUUGAAUGAAUUGUACGUGAUGGGCUAAGGCGGGGGACAUCUCUAAGCAGUUGACCAAUCACAACAGAGCCAGCCAGCUAACCAAUCAGAGCAGACUAGGCUCUGCUUUCAGACAGAGGGUGAAAAGAGGUGCUGCAGCUAAACAACCUUAAAGCAUGGAGACAUGUCCCUGUGUUCACAGCACUCAGAAAGCUAAUCAUGUCUCCGGAAACGGCAGCCAUUGGAGGAAGCAGGAACUGGUAGACCCUGUAAAUACUCUGGGUUAGAAGCGUCUUUAAAGGCAGAAGACAGAGACAGGUCUUGGAUAAUCAAAUCAAAAUCUGCAUGGUUAAAAAACAGUAGACAUAUUAAAAAAUAUAACAGGAAAAGACUCUUGAUAGUGAGUUGGGUAACUUCCUCUAGUCUUUACUCAUGGAAGGAAAGCAGUCAGAUAGAUUUGCUGUGCGACAGGCUCCAUGUGUGAUCAGAUUUACAGCAAAGUGUUUGUGCAGAAUGUCAGAAAAAUGGAUCAUCGAACAGCGAAAGGAACCUGUCUGGACCCUUGUCCUGAUUUCACACACACACACACACACACACACACACACACACACACACACACAGCGAGGAGGAGCUUCCUCCCCAGAUGAAGUCACCGCUGUGGACGUCAAGAGACAAAUGAUCACGCUCGUCCUCAGUUUCACACACUGUUAACGUUGGAGAUAUUCAAUUACAAACAGACACUGGGUUUUCUUUUUCAUUGCAGGAGGGAAAGGCUUUGGACACACACACACACACACACACACUCAUAAUUUAGGAGCUGUAUUUCUGCCAGACUUGAAGCCUUUUGACUUCAGCCAUAGAUGCUGUGCCAGUACGACCGUGUGUUUACUGGGAAUCUUCUAACCAGCUGCUUAUGGCUCUUUCGUUCUAGCGUUUGUAAAUGAUAAAUAUUCAGAUUUUUAGCAAAAUAAAGGACAUGUAGAAAGUCUGUGAUGUUACAGAGGUUGAUGGUUUUUAGGAUACCUUGAAUGUUUGUAAUAUAGUGUAGAUUUUGCACUCUGUUCAGAUGCUUUUACAGCCACAGUUCGUUCAAAAUGACAUGUACGUUUAGCACGCCAUUAAUGUGCAGCCGGAUAAAAAGGCAGUGGGACAAUGAAAUACACCUUGUUUCUGAAAUACUUAGUAAUAAAAGUUAGUAACCAAA